GUUGCAAUUCUGCGCCCUAUUGCGUCGAAGCGCAGUGCAGUGAUUGUUGUGGUUUCCGUUGGAAUCGAAGCGCUGCUCGACCCCCAGUUGAAUCAUUUUUCGAGGAAUUUCGUUCGGCAUUUAUUGCAUCGCCUGGCGCCAAGAAGUUCCUGAAGAUCAGAGUUCAAGUUUGGUUGUUGCUGGGGUUUUGAAUUGAUUGGUGCCUGAAAUCAAGUUUACAGACGACGUUGGCCUUGAAUGAUCCCUUGCAACGGAGAUUUUGUUCAAGAUGUCUUCAUCUUGCUGAUGCACAGGGCCACAAAUAACUUUUGAAUAGAGAACAGGCUAUUGCUCUGCCUUAUUGUUAUGUUUCUUACAAUGUUUAGGCAGCCUCUAGCAUCAUUUCUCCUGAUUAUCAUCAUCAAUGGAUGUCAUUCAGAUUUGUGCAAUAACCCUCUGAUGGAGGGAGCUGAGCUUUCAGCGACCUCAGAGCUCAGAGGCAAGGAAGCCAAGUAUGCCAGACUGAAUGGCGACGGCGCGUGGACGGCUCGCAUCUCGAACGUCGGCCAGAGUCUGACCGUCGACCUGAACGACGUGUAUCGGAUCACGCGGAUCGAGACCCAGGGUCGCAGCGCCUCGGAACAGUGGGUGAGGCAGUAUAGCCUCGCGUACGGCUUCAACGGCAGAGACUUCAUGGACUACCGCGGCCCGCACGGCGGCGCAUGGGAGUUCAAUGGCAACGUGAAUGGAGACGACGUUGUGGAGAACCGCUUCGAGACACCGAUCGUGGCGCAGUUCGUUCGAAUUCGGCCCACCAGAUGGCAGGACCGCAUGUCGCUGCGCCUGGAGCUCUACGGAUGCGCCUUUUCGGGUAUCACGAUGUCCUUCAAUGGCAGUGCGUUCGUCGAGAAGAGCCUGGUUCGGAACCAGGUCCAUUCGCUCUACGAUCGGUUCAACUUCAGGUUCCGGACGGCCCAUCCGAACGGCGUGCUCAUGUACAGCCACGGCGCGCAGGGGGACAUCUUCGCCAUCCAGCUGGUGGAGAACAAGCUGCGACUGGACAUUGACCUCGGCUCGCGUCAGAUGACCACCCUCUCUGUGGGUUCCCUGCUCGACGACCAUCUGUGGCACGAUGUCAAGGUUGAGAGAACCGAACGCAUGGUAAACCUCAGCGUCGAUAGAGUGGAGGUCGCCCGGGAGGUCAACGGCGUCUUCCGCAAGCUCGACCUCAACGCCAAGUUCUACCUGGGCGGCGUGCCGUACAUCCAGAAGGGCAUCGUCAGUCCGAGCAACUUCAGCGGCUGCAUCGAGAACCUGUACGUGAACAGUACCAACUUCAUCGGGGAGGUGCGCGAGCGGCACCGCGACUACACCAACCACGGCGGAGAGUUCAACUGCCCGGCGGUGCACACGGUACCAAUGACCUUCCUGGAUCGAACGGCGUUCGUCAAGGUCACAGGCAACGAGGGUCAGACGACGCUCAACAUUUCGUUCGAGUUCCGGACUUACGAGGAGGACGGCAUGUUGGCCUACCACAAUUUCCUCACACGAGGUUAUGUCAAGAUCUUCCUGGAGGACGGCCGGUUCAAGGUGGAGAUCUCCACCCGCGAGAUCGACUCUGUGGUCCUCGAUCCAUUCGAGGCGACCUACAACGACGGCCGCUGGCACUCGGCAACCGUCGCGCUGGCUGAGAACAGUGCUGUCACCGUCAUAGACGGGUACCCCAUGUACACACAGAGGCUGAUGACGUUCUCAACCGGAGUGGACUACCUGUUCGCAGGCGGACUGCCCGGUAUUGAGAACCCUGGCUACCUGGGCUGUAUGCGCAGCUUGGCGGCAGGAGGCAACAACCAGAGCCCUCUUAAUCUGGGGCCGCAGAACAAAUUCAACGAGCGAUACAUUGUGAUCGACGGAUGCCAAAUGGAGGACCGAUGCAACCCGAACCCGUGCGAGCACGAGGGUGUCUGCACGCAGAACUCGCGCGAGUUCUUCUGCGACUGCCGCAAGACUGGCUAUGCGGGAUCCGUCUGCCGUACCACCACGAACCCGAUAUCAUGCGCACAGCACUUUAUGAUCAGCCGCGGCGGGCGGCGGGAGCUGAUUCAGCUGGAUGUGGACGGCUCGGGACCGCUGGCCGCCUUCCCCGUCACCUGUGUCCUCACCCCCGAGGGACAGGUGGAGACUCAUCUGGAGCACAACGUGCCCGGUGAUCAGCUGGUGGACGGCUUUGAGCGGCGCGGCAGCUACGUGCAGGACUUCAAAUACGAGGCCAACAUGAAACAGAUUGAGAGGCUCAUCAACGGCUCUCUGACGUGCAAACAAGAGCUGUUUUACGCGUGCCGCCGGUCGCGGCUGCUCAACACUCCCGUCCGGCCCGAGGAACCGUUCGAGCCGUUCUCGUGGUGGGUGUCCCGCAACAAUGAGAUCAUGGACUACUGGGGCGGCUCUCAGCCCGGCAGCCGGAAGUGCGCCUGCGGCAUACAGGGCACCUGCAUCGACCGCACCAAGGACUGCAACUGCGACGCCGGUCUGGAGCUGGAGACGUCCGACGGCGGUGACCUGAUGUUCAAACAGGAUCUGCCGGUGCGCCAGCUGCGAUUUGGGGACACCGGUUCCCCCGGAGACGAGAAGCGCGGCAUCUACCGCGUCGGCAGCCUCAUCUGCGAGGGAGAUGCCAUCUUCGACAACACGGUGACGUUCCGGCUGGCGGAUGCCACCAUCGACCUGCCUCCCUUCGAAAUGGGCUACAGCGGCGACGUCUACUUCGAGUUCCGCACCACCAAGGAGUCGGGAACGUUCUUCCACAUCGAGGGAGACAACGGAGAUUACCUCAAGGUCUCCAUGAAAGGAGGAAACGCGAUUCAGCUGGAGUACCGGGCCGGCUCGGUACCUCUCAGCGCCACGGUCGAGGUCAGCAGCCGCCUCAAUGACGACACCUGGCACUCGGUGCUGGUGGAGAGGAACCGCAAACAGGGCCGCCUCCUGGUGGACAACUCGCUCCGGAAGGAGGUGUCCGAGCCACGCGGACCCGUGCGCUCCAUGAGACUGACUUCGAAACUGGUAGUCGGUGCCACCACCCAGUACCGGAACGGCUUCGUGGGCUGCAUGCGCGCCUUCCUGGUCAACGGGCAGCUGCAGAACCUCAAGUACCUCGUGGAGCGGGGAAUGUGGUCCACAGUGCACCACCGAAACAUCUACCUUGGCCCGCUGUACGGCGUCUCUGUGGGCUGUCAGGGCAAGUGCGCCAGCUCCCCGUGUCUGAACAACGGCACCUGCAUUGAGGGCUACUCGGACUACGAGUGCAACUGCCGCUGGACGGCCUUCAAGGGGCCCAUCUGCGCAGACGAGAUCGGCGUGAGUAUGACGCGCAGCUACAUGAUCAAGUACGAGCUGGAGGGCAGCUACAAGUCCACCAUCGCCGAGUACAUCCGCGUCGGCUUCACGACUACCAGUCCGUCGGGCUUCCUGCUCGGCCUGGUUUCCAACAUCACCAAGGAGUACAUGACCAUCAUGGUCUCCAACAGCGGUCACAUUCGAGUCGUGUUCGACUUUGGUUUCGAACGACGCGACGUGGUCUACCCGGACAAGAUCUUCAACGAGGGUCAGUUCCACGACGUUCACAUCCGUCGACUCAACGGCGGGGCAACUCUACAGAUACAGGUGGAUGACUACCCACCGUACAGCGAGACUUUCUACGUGAACCCCUCUGCCGACGUACAAUUCGACAACAUUCAGUACAUGUACAUCGGCAAGAACGAAUCGAUGCUGGAGGGUUUCGUUGGCUGCAUCAGUCGAGUGGAGUUCGAUGAUCUGUACCCGUUGAAGCUCAUGUUCCAGGAGAAUCGACCGUCUAAUGUGUGGGGAAACACAGCGACGAUCCACGAGGAUUACUGCGGUAUCGAGCCGGUGCGUCACCCGGAGGAACAGACCGAGACCCGGCCGCCACCUGAGGUCGACGAGGACAUCGUCAGCUCGCUCUACAACGACAUCAACGCCGCCGUGCUCGGGGGAGUGCUGGCUGUCGUUCUGAUCGCCCUGAUCAUCAUGGGUGUCCUCAUCGCGCGCUACGCCAACCGCCACAAGGGCGACUACCUGACGCGCGAGGACUCGGGUGCUGACGGCGCCGAGGACGCGGAUGACGCUGUUACACAGGGACGCACCGGCCACCACGUGGAGAAGAUGAAGGAGUUCUUCAUCUAGGGUCGCUUCGAGGACGCUUAGGGGGUCUUCGUCAAGAGUCACCUGAGGACUACGUUCGCGAGAGAGACGUUUGGGAUUGGUUUGGGAAGGUUGAUGCUUCUGCGUUUAUGGAAGAGUGAGAGGGACGUUGGAGAAAAAUGGAGAAGUGGUAGCAUGAGUGUGGCGUGAAGAACACUUUAUGAAGUGCAUAUUGAUUGGUGCGGUUAGUGUUGUCGAUCGUGGUUACAAUAAGCAAAGAACAAAGCUUGCUUUAAGUGACUGUUGUAAGAUUAGUGAGAGAUUGGCUCGAGAUCUGAAGAAUGCACAGUCGUAUUACGUCGAUCAAGGCCUCGAUCUAUAAGAUGAUGGACUCAAUCACACGGCCGGUAUACCGCCUCUAAAGCUCGGUCUGCUAUGGAUCUGACCUGUAAUUUCUGAGUUUGUAUGGUGUCAAUGCUUCCGCGUGUUCCGUCGUUUCGCCCUGUUCGGUUGCGUGGAUAAGUGAUGUACCUUUCCGUCCUGCUCGUACGACCGCCUCCGUUCCCGCAGUGUGAUCUAUUGUACGCACGCACGCGACACUUGCUUAUCUCACACAUAUUUACACGUUAUGUUACACUUUUAUUUUCAUCCCACACUAUGUGUUUAAUUGUAAGACUUGAACAGUUUUCUGUUCACAUCGUGAACUGUUGCAUGUCUGUCUGUGUGUUCAAUUGCCUUAUUUCACCGUGAGUGUAAGAGUGUGUGCGCUUGUUGCCUGUUGGGCUCGAUCACUAGCGUCACUCCAUUUCCAUCAGAUUACAAAGUGACCCACCCCGCGGGUCUGCAAUACUUCUAAGGCUGCCUUCCUGUCGCUUGCAUCGCGCCAGAUAUCCCCAAAACUGCCAGACGGGGAACCAUUGGCGGUGAGGGCCGGGUGGAACUUGAGGAAUGGCAUCAGAACGAUUUAGAAUUUUAUAGUGCCAAGAGAAGAAUCUCAGAAAAUUGUACAAAAUCAAUAGGUAUUCCCAUCACAUAAACGUUCACGAACUGAAGAAGAAAAAGCAUUUUUUGCGAACAAUUAAGGCAACUUGUUCUCCAAAAAGUACCUUCUUGGGUGCACUGACCCGGUUCCAGUGUUUUCUGGAAUAGCGUGCGGUGGAAUAUGGUGGACCUGUGUGGCCUGUAACAUUGACAAUAAGACUUGUCCUCGUAUGUGUGUUUUGUGACGCCGAGUGACAAGCAGAGAUGUGAGCUGUUGCUUCAAUCAUGUGGAGUCUCGCUGUCAAUGAGCGACGUUCCAACAACCACGCCUUAGACAAUUGACGUAAUCGUGUUCGCUGUAGCUCUGUCAUCAAGUUCUAUCAUCUUUCUCCAUCGGCCUGUAUUGGGUAGAAGUCUGAUAGGAAUAGUGUUCCCACUAGUACGGCGUUCUUUAGUGCGUCUGGGGUCGCCCGUCGCACUACAGUGUCUCUGGUAGUGCUCUAGUGUUCGGUAUAGUGUCUCCUGCUGAGAGUAGUUCUUCCAGCGUGCCGGCAGAUAGCGUUUGGAAGCUUGUGAAGUGCCACAUGCAUGCGAGGCGUACCUAUUUGGAGACGACUUUUUACAGACACUAACGAACUGGUUGAGGCGAUGGAAUUUGUUACGCAACUAUUUGGAAGGCAGAAUUUAGCUCUUUAGGGUCGAACCGGUGAAGUGUGAAAUUAAUGACGUUUAUUGUUACGAUUGCACGAUAUGGCAGCUAAUUAGAUUCGCCUAGGCAGCUAAAUAGAUCUAGACGGAGGUGCAGUAACUUCUGAAUAAAACAAAUGCGUCGUUCAUAUGUCAAUAAAGUGUCACCUGUUGA